AUGCAGGAAAACGUGAACUUACGAAAGCAAAUCUCCGAGCCAAGUAUCCCGAGAUUGCAAAACAGUCGCCACGGAGAUGAUGAGGACAUGGAGGAAGGCGAAUCCAGUGAAAAGGAAAGCCAAAACCGAAGAAAAUAUAGUAAGCCACCCCUAGAGAAGUCGCCCCACGAGCAGGAGGCGAUACUCAAGAUGCAAAACCAGAUCGAAGGAUUAAUGAAGCAUGUCAAAGCACAAACCCCUUCCACGGUAGAGGAGUUGGUGCAAAACACGGAUUCACCUUUUCCACUUGAAGUCAUGGGGCGUACUCUUCCAAGGAAGUUUAAAAUGCCCCAAUUGGAAACAUUUAAUGGCUCCACUGACCCGUUAGAUCAUCUGGAAACAUAUAAAUCCUUGAUGCACCUACAAGCAAUGCUCGACCAGGUAAUGUGUCGGGCGUUCCCAGUUACCCUCAAGGCAAGUGCCCGAGCAUGGUUCAACAAGCUCCCACCGGGAAGUAUACGUAGCUUCAAAGAGCUUAGCACAAGCUUUGUAAGUUACUUCAAAGCUGGCCAGCGCUACGGCAAACCAGCAACGCAUCUCUUGAUGGUGAAACAAGGAAGAUGGGAAUCAUUAAGAGAAUACACCACCAAGUUUAAUAAAGAAGUGGUCCAAAUAGAUGAAGCCGACGAUAACGUGAGCAUAACUGCAUAUAUUGCUGGGUUGUAUUCAGGACAAUUCCUAUACCUUGUGUCUCAAGAGCCACCAAAAACCAUGGCGGAGCUCAUGCUCAGAGCUCAGAAGCACAUGAACGCAGAAGAAGCUAUCUACGAAAGGCGUACACAUGAUGGUUUUGAUCCUCAAACAGGAACAUCACAGAUUGGCGAAUUCCCUCCAAUAGACAAGAAGAGGAGAGAAGCUGUCUGCAAGUUAGGAGGUGAACCAAAAAAUAAAAAGGUGGACUCAAGGUCAUCUUCGAAGAGAGGAGUAGCCGGAGGGCCGCCCCAAGGAAAGUACAAGCAGUUUACUCUGCUCAUAGCCACGGCAGAGCAAAUCCUCAGCAAUCUGAAGGAAGACACAAACAAAGAGGGUAGAGACGGCACUACCCCCCGAUCAGGUCCCAUUGGAGAGAUCAAGGUCAUUCAUGGAGGAUUUGCUGGAGGUGGAGAAUCCAGCAAUGCUAGGAAGGCGCAUCUAAGAAAACUGAGGACAGAAGAACAUUUGGAGAGAAAAGAGGAAAUACCUACAAUAUUCUCAGAAGAAGAUGUCAAAGGAAUUCAAAUUCCCCAUGACGACCCUCUGGUUAUAACCAUUGUCGUGGCAAACUACCUCACACGAAGAGUGUUGAUCGACAGCGGAAGCUCAGCCGAUAUACUCUACCUCCAUGCAUAUGACCAAUUAAAGGUUGGACGAGAAGGCUAA